AUGGCUUCCAGUUUGCUUCAAACGGUGCUGGCCAUGCUGCGCUGUGAUUGGUCGAGCUUAGACACGCCUACUCUCUCACUUUGCGAAGCUAGAAACAAACUGGUAACCGUGCUCAUCAAGGAUCUAAUUUCACAGAUUCAUUGCAAGGAGAUAAUACAGAAAGGCAACACUAAGGAUAUUGAUGCCAUGCCGUUCAUAGGUGGAAUGGUCAUGUCUCUACUGAUGUUGCAACACGGGAUGAUACUCAAUGACCCCGCAAUGAUACCCGUAAAUGGUGCCGGUUCACUGAAUUUCACCUAUUUCGCCAUCUACUAUCUGUACUCACACGAGAGGGACUCGCUUCACGGGAAACUGGCCAAGGCUGUGGCAUUGACGGCCAUCUUGAUAAACUACGCCCAACUGGAGAACGAGAAAAAUGUAGAGUUUCGUUUCGGCAUAAUUGUCACUGUUUUAAUGUUGACAUUGAUUGGAGCUCCCCUGUUGCAGCUG